GAGAUAGAAUCUGUGGUCGAAAUGCCUGGAAGUCAGGAUAUCGAUUUAAUGGAAAUGUCACCUACGAUAUUUAAAAGCCCUCUGUUUACCCAGACUCAGGCAUUAGUUAAUAAAGAAGUUAGAUCGCAACUUCCAAACUCUGUUAGUGAUGACUUACUUCGAAAGAAAAAAGAAAGGGCACAAAAAAUUUAUGAAUUAUUUACGAAAUUGGGGUUGAUAAGAUUCAGCGUGUUAAAUCAAUUACAGCUUCAUCAAUUUCGAAAUUAA